CACACCUGCUUUAGUUAACACGCAUUCUGCACAGAUCAGCGAGUCUGCGCAGUACCAGCCCAGGCGGUCCCGCAUGAGCAAGCCAAUGGGCCGCAAAGCACCCUGGGACUUCCUUUCUUUCCGAGGCCAUAUUGGAGCGACAUACUUGUUGGCCAGAACGGACUAAAUCGCAGCUAUGGUUGCCGCAAAGAAGACGAAAAAGUCCCUGGAGUCCAUCAACUCCCGUCUCCAGCUGGUGAUGAAGAGCGGUAAAUAUGUCCUGGGAUACAAGCAGUCUCAGAAGAUGAUCCGCCAGGGAAAAGCCAAGCUGGUCAUCCUGGCCAACAACACACCUGCCCUCAGGAAGUCUGAAGUGGAGUACUACGCCAUGUUGGCCAAGACAGGCGUCCAUCACUACAGUGGGAACAACAUCGAGCUGGGCACGGCCUGUGGGAAGUACUUCAGGGUGUGCACCCUGGCCAUCAUCGACCCCGGUGAGUGUCCAAUCAGACUGCCUGUUUACCACGCCUAUUCUGUUGAUGGAUGGUCUGCAGACAAUCCUUUAGCAGUGAGCAGUUUGAUACGGUUCGUUGGAACAUUGUUUUCAAAGAUAACAUGAACGUCAGGAGAACGG